AUAAAUGAUGAUGGUUUCAUCAUGAAUAAAUACAAGCGUGAAGAUGACAAUAAGAUCUCAUUGACUCUGAAGAGGAUGCUGCUUUAUAGAGUGAUGAGAAUAUUGUGGCGUCAAGCAGAUCAGAUAAAACCAAUAUCAACAUAAUAAUAUGCUUGCUAUAAAGAUUCUUAAUCACUGAGCCAAACUUUGUCACAAAUUGCAUCAAGUUAAUAGCACUUACAGCAUCACUAAUAUGGUAGCAACAAGCAACUCUUUUUUUUCGUAAUUUUAAUCAGGAUUAACAUUGAAUAUUAUGUGUUAAUAGUAAUACAACAUAUUUUUUUUUAUUGUAAAGAAAACUAUGAAUAAGUAGGGCUCUUACACACGGGCGUUUUUGGCUGCGUUUGAUGUGCGUUUGAGACGCAGGUCUGAGCGCAUCUGAGCGCAUUCGCUAAUUGAUUCUAUUAUUUUCUACCUGGUUGUACUCAUGUGCGCUCAGAGUUGCAUUUUACUCCAUUUGCGCUUCAUUGCGUUUUUUGAGACGCAGCAUGUUGCAUUUCUUUGCGCUUGACGCGCGUUUAGAACACCGUAUAAGUCUAUGGAACCGCAAAUAAGCGCCGAAACUUGCGUUUUGAAGCAUUUGUUUCAACCUUUUUGAUGCGUUUAUUCGAGUGUAAUCCGGAAGUACUAAAAACAGGAAGUGGCGCAGGAGUAAAUGUAGAACCAGUUUCAACAAGGCUCGUUUUGGUUUGGAGCUUAUUUGCUGCGCAGUGAGUUGUUGUUGCAUUGUGUGCAGAGAUUCAAGUGGCAUUGUCGUGUUCUUCUGCCAUCCUAGGGAAUUUGGGUAUGUUAUAGCAAGAUGCAUGUAUUGUGUGUUUGAAUGUUGUGCCAUUUGUGUUCUUUUAUUUUGAGUGUUCAUUUGUAUUGUUUGUUUGACCAGGUAAUUUUCUGCAAAGUGUAUUUUGGACUAUGUGCUAAAAUGGGCCUUGAAGAAUUAAUACAUGCAGUAGAAAAGCAUCCAGAGGUCUACGACUCCAGCUUAUCAAGUUAUCAUGAUCGCUAUAAACGCAAGCUAGCAUGGCUAGAUAUAUGUAAGGAUGUAUUUAUGGAUUGGGAGAGCUUGACUGAAACUCAGCAAAAAUUAAAAGAAAAAGAAAUUCAGACUCGUUGGCGGUCUAUACGUGAUCGAUUCCGAAAAGAUUUUCAAGCUUCAAACAGUACAAAAAGUGGAUCGUCACCACAGAGUUUGAAAACUCAUCCAUAUUUUAAGGAACUGAUGUUUUUACAGAAGACAGUAGAAGUGAGAGAAACUUCAACUAACCUUGAGGAAAAUUCUUCAGAGAUGUGCGCUGUUGGUGGGUUAGAUGAGGAAGAGGAAACUGAAUACUCACUACCUUCCCCGUUAGAUAUUGAAAGGUCUGAACCAGAAAAUUCUGCAAAGAAGGCAAAUCCUCCAAAAAAAAUUCUUUCACCUAAAAAUGCUGGUUGUCGCAAAAAGAGUAAAUCUGAUUCUGCUGACGAAUCAUUUCAAGAUGUGCUGAGUAUUUUAAAUAAUUUACAGAACGAAUUACAUGAACAUCAGAAAGCUAAAGCUAUACAAUGUGAUGAUGAUGAAGCAACUUGCUUUGCUAAAAGCUUGAUUGUUCACAUUAGGCAGGUUCCUGAAAACAAGCUGUUACAGAUGAAAGUUGCAGUCCUUAAUUGUAUAGAUACUUUUAUUAAGAGUUCUGUUAAUCCAGAAUAUAGACCAAAAGAGUAUUCUACACUUCCUCCAGUUGCAGGGCCUCAAAUAUACUCGAACACAUAUGAUUACAGUGUACCAUACCAGAUGUGUACAGAACAACCUUCAUUUUCCAAGUUUCAUAGUGUGAUAAUGCCAAACUAUACUAAAAACACAUUGCAAACAAACAUUCAGUCAUCAACCUAUCCAACUUACCAUCCUCAAGUAAAUGUUUUGCAAAACUCUAACCCUCAUCCUUACACACAACAGUUAACCAACAGGCAGUAUCAAGCACAAACCUCUCACCAUUCCUUUGAAAACAACACACAGCCACCACUCCUGAAGCACAAUAUACCAAUGCAUGUCAUUCCACUGCAAUCACAAGUAGAUAAAUUGCAAACAAACCCACCGAAUUUGUCAGUGCAGCAUCAGGCAACUUCCUUUACAAAACAACCUUUCAGGACAUAUUAAUGCAAACCCUUUAAAUGAGAAUCAAACAACAGAGUCAUUCCUAAAUGUUAACACAAACACUGCUAAUUUAAGCAGACCACCAUCUGCAGAGAAUGUUUCUUCUUGUCAGGAGACAGACUAUAAUGCUAAUUCGGUGUGUAAGAAAUAUUCAUUUCUGCGUGAUCUUGGAGUUGAUGUUGUUGAGUAAUACAUAUAAUUUGUAAAUGUGAACUGUAAUGUUUAGAUUUAUGUGCAAUAUUGAAAGUUUUUGGUUCAAGACAUUCACAUAUACUACUCUUCAAUGUUUUUGCUAGAAAGUGUGUAAAUUUCAACAAUACUUUAUAUGAUACAUUCUUUUAAAUGUGUUAUAUUUUUGAUUUCAACAAUGGCAUAAGUAGCAUUAUGAUAUCCAAAUCUUCCAGGAUACAAAGCACUGCUCGCAGACCCUACCCUUGUGUAAUGAACGCCUGGUGAAUAGGCGAUAGAGGGAUCGGCACCCUCUAAAACAGAUUCGAAGAAGAAUUCACAGGCACUCCGAGGCAAAUGCAAGCAGGGACA